AGAUCAUUACAGAGGUAUAUGAAAAAUUGAUCUAUUGUACUAUGUUUUAAAAUAAAUAAGAGGUCUCUCUCUCUUUCUCUAGAGAGAGAAAAUCUCUCCCACCCUUGUUCCCCGAUUUCAAUCUUUCACGAGGGUUGGGUUUGAGAUUCUUCAAUUAUGUUUUGAUUCGUGGUGGAGCUUCGGAGGAGAAGCUAGGCGAUGGCUGGAGUUCGAGAGUCCCGCAUGACUGACGCAUGUUGUAAUGCGUGUCCAUAGCCUCUUUAGAUGCAGACACGUGGUCAUGUAUGAAGAUAACUCUUUUCGUUUGGGAUUUUAAUUUUGUUGUCUUGUUGGGCUCGUGUGUUAAACCAACUUUCGCUUGUAAUUUGAACUUGCUCAUUGGGCUUAAUCAACAAAGUUGUUGGGUUGACAAAAAAAAAAGUAAUAUGUUUUAAUUUAAAACUUAAACAAAAUUAGAUAAUUCAAGAAAAUCUCAUUGAGUGUUAAAAAAGAAAAUGGAUUGAAGAGUUCAAGAAAAUACAAAAAAAAACAUAAAGGAUUUUUCUAACAUAAUUUAUUCAUUGAAAAUCAAGAAAACAUUUUCUUUUCAGAAUCAAAUUUUGUGUACAGAUUAUUUAGAUGAAAAUCAAACCUUAAAAUAUUAUACAAUUAUCGUUUUACAGCAACUAGCUUAUCGUUUCCAAUGUCUACGGGUCUUCUGUUCCACCCAUUGACUCUUCAUGUUCCACCUCCAACCUCCACCCCUAACGGGCCACCUCAGCCAUUCUCCACCGCCGGUAACCAUCACAGAAAUAUUCUCUCCUUGUCUGAAACAUGCACAAGUAUGCCCCAGCUGAAACAGCUCCACGCCUUCACUCUCCGUACAACUUUCCCCGACGAAACCGCCACUCUGUUUCUCUACGGUAGAAUCCUCCAGCUCUCUUCUUCCUUCUCCGAUGUCAGUUACGCAUCCCGUGUCUUCGAUUCGAUCCAACAAGAAAACCACAGCUCCUUCAUGUGGAACACACUCAUCAGAGCUUGCGCACAUGACGUUUCCAGGAAAGAAGAUGCCUUUCUGCUUUACCGGAAAAUGUUAGAGAGAGGCAUGUCCGCGCCUGAUAAGCACACGUUCCCGUUUGUCUUGAAAGCUUGCGCUUAUAUCUUCGGAUUGUCGGAAGGGAAACAGGUUCAUUGUCAUGUCGUGAAACACGGGCUUAGUGGAGAUGUGUAUGUGAACAACGGUUUGAUUCAUUUGUACGGUUCUUGUGGAUGUUUACAUUUAGCACAGAAAGUUUUUAAUGAUAUGCCUGAGAGAAGUCUUGUUUCGUGGAACUCGAUGAUUGAUGCUCUGGUUCGGGUUGGGGAGUAUGAUUCUGCGUUAGAGCUGUUUAGACAGAUGCAGAGAUCGUUCGAACCAGAUGGUUAUACGAUGCAGAGUGUUUUAAGUGCGUGUGCUGGUCUCGGAUCUUUGUCUCUAGGCACUUGGGCACACGCGUUUCUGUUGCGAAGAUGCGACUUUGAUGUUGCUAUGGAUGUUCUGAUCAAGAACUCGUUGAUCGAAAUGUAUUGCAAAUGCGGGUCGUUGAGAAUGGGUGAGCAAGUGUUCAAGGGGAUGCAAAAGCGUGACUUAGCUUCAUGGAACGCUAUGAUUCUAGGGUUCGCUACACACGGAAGAGCUGAGGAAGCUCUGGGUUGCUUCGACCGUAUGGUGAGAAAAGGCGAGAAUGUUAAACCGAACUCAGUCACGUUUGUUGCGCUCCUCAUCGCCUGCAACCACCGAGGCAUAGUAAACAAAGGGCGGCAGUAUUUUGACAUGAUGGUCAGAGAUUAUGGCAUCGAACCUGCACUGGAGCAUUACGGUUGUAUCAUAGAUCUUGUAGCGCGUGCAGGCUACAUUACCGAAGCUAUAGACAUGGUGAUGAGCAUGCCGAUGAAACCAGAUGCAGUGAUCUGGAGAAGUCUCCUUGGUGCUUGUUGCAAAAAGGGUGCUAGUGUGGAGCUAAGUGAAGAAAUUGCAACACGUUUGAUUGAAACAAGGGAAGAUAAUCAAAGUUCCAGUGGCGCAUAUGUCUUGCUGUCUAGAGUCUAUGCAUCGGCCAGGCGGUGGAACGAUGUUGGGAUUGUGAGAAAACUAAUGACUGAACAUGGAAUUAGAAAAGAGCCUGGAUGCAGUUCCAUUGAGAUCAAUGGAAUCUCCCAUGACUUUUUCGCAGGAGACACAUCCCACCCUCACACAAAACAGAUAUACAAACAUUUGAAAGUGAUCGAUGACAAACUGAGAUCCAUUGGUUACUUACCGGAUCCCUCUCAAGCACCAUUGGUCGAUUCAACUAACGAUGGAAGCAAAGAGUAUUCCCUCAGGCUGCACAGUGAGAGACUCGCCAUUGCUUUUGGUCUGAUAAGCUUACCACCUCAGACUCCAAUCCGUGUAUUCAAGAAUCUACGCGUCUGCGGCGAUUGUCACGAAGUUACUAAACUAAUCUCAAAGGUCUUCAACACUGAGAUCAUUGUGAGAGAUCGUGUUCGGUUCCAUCACUUCAAAGACGGAUCCUGCUCUUGUUCAGAAUACUGGUAACAAACAAACAAAAAACUAGUCAGCGAUUGAAAAUACACAAACCGCUGCGACCAAUUUUGUAUAAUUCAUAAGUUUGGUAAUGGAACAUCAUAUGAUCUCGAAUGAAAAUCAAUUCUUAUA